GUGACAAUUAUAUAUAUAUAAACCCCAUUACAGGAGCGACGUUUCAAAGGCUUCUCCUGGAAUCCACUCUGUCACACUCUCUCUCUCUCUGAGUGUCUCGCUCCAAAAUGGCUCGAAAUAAGGAAGCUUUGGUUUUGUUGCUUGAUGUUGGUCGAUUUAUGCAUAAUAAUUUGCCAGAGAUUGAAAAAGUCUGCUCCAUGUUGGUACAGAAGAAGUUGAUUUACAGCAAAAAUGAUGAAGUAGGAGUUGUUUUAUUUGGAACUGAAGAUACUGACAACGAGCUGACAAACGAAGUGGGUGGAUAUGAACAUGUGGUUGUGUUGCGGCAUAUCAAAGUUGUUGAUGGAGAUGUUGUUGAAGCUUUACAGAAACUUCCUCGAGGAACUGUUGCUGGUGAUUAUCUCGAUGCCAUUGUGGUGGGGAUGGAUAUGCUAAUUAAAAAAUUUGGACCAACAAACAAAGGAAAAAAACGCCUUUGCCUUGUUACAAAUGCACUCUCUCCUAUUAAAGAUCCAUUUGAAGGAACAAAGGAGGAUCAAGUCAACACCAUUGCUACCCAGAUGACUGCACAUGGCAUGAAAAUGGAUUGUAUAGUUGUGAGGGGAAAGCAAAAUGUGGAUGGAAAUAAAAGAGUGAUGGAAGAGAAUGAUCUUCUUUUGGGUAUAUUUGCGAAGAAAACCUCUUCAAAAACAGUGUAUGUGGAGAGUCCAACUUCACUAUUAGGGGCACUUAGAACUCGGAAUAUUUCUCCUGUCACAGUAUACAGGGGUCAUCUUGAAAUAAGCUCACAAUUGAAGAUCAAGGUAUGGGUCUACAAGAAAACAUCCGAAGAGAAGUUCCCCACUCUGAAAAAAUACUCUGAUAAAGCACCUCCAACAGAUAAAUUUGCUACUCAUGAAAUCAAGGUAGAUUAUGAGUACAAAAGUAUUGAAGAUUCUGGUAAAAUUGUGCCUCCAGAACAAAGAAUUAAGGGUUAUCAGUAUGGACCUCAAGUAGUUCCUAUUUCAUCUGCUGAGUGGGAUGCUGUGAAGUUCAAACCAGAGAAGAGCGUGAAGCUUCUAGGAUUUACAGAUGUCUCAAACAUAAUGCGACACUAUUAUAUGAAAGAUGUCUCCAUCUUCAUUGCGGAACCGGGCAAUCCAAAGGCCAUUCUUGCAGUUUCUGCUUUAGUAAGAGCAAUGAAGGAAAUGAAUAAAGUAGCGAUUCUCCGCUGUGUAUGGAGACAAGGACAAGGGAAUGUAGUCAUAGGGGUACUGACUCCUAAUGUAUCUGAAAAAGAUAGUGUUCCCGAUUCAUUUUACUUCAAUGUACUUCCUUUUGCUGAGGAUGUUCGAGAGUUCCAGUUUCCUUCAUUCAGCAAUUUUUCUUCAUGGCAGCCAAAUGAACAACAACAGGAGGCAGCAGAUAAUCUGGUAAAAAUGUUUGACCUUGCCCCGGAGGGAAAAGAGGAAGUACUGCCGCCCGAAUUUACACCAAAUCCUGUUUUGGAGCGUUUUUAUCGUCACCUUGAGUUGAAAUCAAAGAAUCCAGAUGCCCCAGUGCCACCACUUGAUGAAACUCUCAAGAGGAUAACAAGACCUGAUCCAGAAGUUCUUUCUCAGAGCAAAUUUGUCAUUGAUGAAUUUUGUAGGUGCUUUGAACUGAAGGAAAAUCCUAAGCUGAAGAAAUCAAGAAAACGAGCUUAUGAAAUUGAAGCUUUCAAUUCCAUAGAAAAUACAUCUGCAGUCAAAGUCGAGAAAAUUGGGGACUUGACUCCUGUUCAAGAUUUUGAAGCUAUGAUGUCUCGCAGAGAUAACUCAGAAUGGGUUAAUAAAGCAAUUAAGGAGAUGAAAAAUAAAACUUUUGACCUAGUGGAGAACUCUUUUGUAGGGGAUACCUAUCAGAAGGCGCUGGAAUGUUUAGUUUCUCUGCGCAAGGGUUGCAUCCUUGAGCAAGAACCCAAACAGUUCAACGAUUUCCUGCGCCAUCUUUGUAAAUUUUGCCAGGAGAAAGACCUUAACACCUUCUGUGAAUUGCUUGCGUCCAAAGGGGUCACUUUGAUCUCCAAGAAUGAAGCCACAGACAGUGACGUUACUGAUGAUGAGGCUAAGAGCUUUUUGGUUAAAAUCGAGCCAAAACAUGAGCAAAGAGAACAGUAAAUAGCUCAGUACUACAUGUUUUGAUGUUUUGAGAAAACUGGAUUUGUCAUUGUUAUAAAGACAUCAGAUGCGGGAGGCAAUGACAGAAAACUAAGACUUACACUUGCCUGUAAAAGAAGUGGUUAUUAUAGAGACAACAAGAAGAUCAAGAGGGAACGAUUGAGGUUGACAGGUUCUAAAAAGUGUGGGUGCCUAUUUCUAUUAAGGGAAAAAAAAUUACUUACAAAUUACCAAGACGGAUUGUGAUAACAUGUUUGAUUGAUGGAUGUAAACAGUAACAGAUUUUAUGGAUACUUUAUGGAUAUUCGAUGUUUUUACGAAUAAUUUUAUGGUUACUUUUUAUGUAUAA